AUGGCUUGGGAUCUUGGCUCUGAUGAAGAAGAUCCUUCAACUCAGGAGUCGUUGGAGUCCGGCGAGUUCAUUGAGAAACACCCACGGCGAGGAACUCCUACUUUACGCGAUCAGCUCGAGAAAAGCAGCGGUGGCGACCUUUCUGGCGGUGGUUCUGGCGAUGACUGGGACAGACACAUCCGGAACGACGUUCGUUCAGUUCCAAAUCCUCAGCCUCGCCCGCUGGAUGAAGCUCCCAUCUUUCUAGAUAAAGAUGAAGUUGAUGAAGUCGCCGCUCGUCCUCGUGAUCCCGAAAUGGAUCAUCCCCUCGGUGCUCCUGAGUCAGGAGUCGAUUUCUACGAUCCUCCUUCUUUGUUGAUCGACACCGGCAAGAAAACCAGUGUGCAUCGACGCGGAGUUGCUGACGAUGCAUCGAUCUCUUCUCGGCCGCUCGUUGAUCAGCCUAUCCAGUACUACAACGCGUCCCGGAUGUAUCUUGGUUAUGCCGUUCCGCGGGAGUUUUCAAACUGGGAGGAAUCUCGUGACUACGAACGAACGCUGAAGGAUUCCCAAAAGAUCGCUGCUUGCUCUCCCGCGUACCAGUUGAAAUACUCUCGACGAAUUGGCCCAAUUGCUGAUCUCAAAGCUGCAACUCGAGAUGUAUCUACCGAAACGACCGAGACAUCUCUCUCGCGAUGUAUGGCUCAACUGAAAUUGGUCAGUCGGCCGCUUGGCAGUGCGAAUCUCGUUCAUUAUCCCGUCACGAAGAGUACUUCGCAAUCGGAUAAGGGACGACGCGGCUCUGGUUGUGAAGCUUUCCGCGAUUUCUUGCUGCCUGCUUUUCGUUCGCAGCAGUUUCUUGCUGGUACUUCGACACGCCGGACCACUUCCGACUCUGCUUUCGUGCCCGUGCCAGCUAUUCCCGCUCGUCCACCUUCUCCAAAUCGUCGUCGGCGCCGAUUUCCACGAUUUCCUGUUUCUUCGGUCCGAGAAGAGGCUGCCAAACGCCAUCGCUGUCACGAUGAAGAUGAGUGCGACAGCUAUCUACACGUCGACAUGGACCCGUGUGAUGGUCUGCCGCUGAUUUCUCAAGAAGCGCCCAUCUUGUUGGAGCCUGUCCUUCGUCGGUACGCUGCUGCACCUUACGUCGGACCCCGGACUGAUGCUGAUCGUGCUCAUGAUGUCUUCUACCUGCAGUCGGGCGGGAAGAUCUCUUCCAGCGGCCCUCGACGGCCCUUCAAUCGACUAAGUCGGGUCGUUGUGACUCUGCCAGAUUAUCUGCGUGGUCGGCCGACUUUGCUGGAUGACGACUGGAGUGUAGGUGUUUGGAAUCUUCUGCUCGACGGCGGCUAUUAUGGGCGUUCUUUGGUCGACCGUCAAGAUUUCGGCUUGAGUCAGACGCUUCUGGGGCAUCCAAUGUUUCAUGGUGAUAGAUCCCCUGGCUGCUCCUAUCUUCGUGCUCUUGAGGAUUCGCUGGGUCCCUCUGUAUUUGCUGAAAAGUUCCUCGAGCCUCUGCUCGAUCUACCGCUUGGCUUCGACCCUUCUUCGGAUCUUUUCCGACACGAUGCCUUCAUCCUCGACUCACAGAACGACGCUUGUCACUUCGGAUACGGCGCAUUCCGCGGAGUCGGUUUCGGAUCGUACGAUUUGCCGAUGCGCGAAUUCGAUGAACAUCGCCAGCACCGAGCUCCUGAUGUCAUGUUCGCUUUGUCUCGGAUUGACACUGUCUAUCCGGACGCUCAUCUUCGAAUGUGUUGUCGACGCCUUUUUCGUCUUGGCGAUCGACCGUGCGAAGAAGUGUUCUUGCUGACGCCGAUGGAUCUCUAUCGGGCUUCGAUGCAGCAAGUGAUUCGGCCGCCUGUUGAUGAAACGAUGAGGCUUAGCGGUUUGUGUAUGCAGAGCUGGGGCGUGAACAUUCCAGAUCUCGAUGUUCACGGCUUGGGCAUGCUAGAGUCUGUACUUGUCAUCGCUUCUGUGAUGACUGCUGAGUAUGGGCUUCGACCCAACGCCCUGAGUACGUCUACACCGCCCGAGUCCUGCUUCGUGAUGGACUUCUCUGUUCGCGGUGUUCCUGGUUUGACUCUGUCUUGCGGCGCUGGUGGACGCAAGCGUACAUUUUGGAUGAUUGAAUCCUUUUUCGCUGGGUGUGCUUCUGUAGAGAUGUCCAAGUUCAGUCAGGUUGAUUUCCCGCCUGAUGGACGUCAUGGCAAGUAUCGAGCGACUGCACCAGCGCAGCUCAACCAGGAUCGCUUCUACGAUCGACAAGGACGUCGACAUCCUCCGGUUUAUGCCGAUCUUCGCCCUGUCGAUGACGUUUCGGCCCCGCCAUAUCAAGAUACUUUUACGUGGCGUGCGUCUUCCGCUGGACCUUCACCCGCUGACAAGCCCGUGCGUCAUAUUGGACUGCCGGGUGUUCAUUUCGCGCAUCAAGCCGGUGAUAGCUCGUCGCACUUGCUGAUGAUUCUUCCGAAGUUGAUGGCAGUGCUCCCCUUCGAAGCGUUCACUGGUGGGCUGUAUUGCUACGUGAAGACCUUGUACGAGCGCGGUGAGCUCGGUACUGGAGAUUGUGAAGAGCCGUAUUCCUCCGAUGAAGGAAAACGGCGCACCACCAAGUGUCGCUUUCAUCCAGAACUUCUCCCGCCAAGCUGGCGCGAGAACUACGAACGACGACGCCAUGUGCAAUAUUAUGGCGGUGAUGACGCCGACAUCGUGGCUACGUUCCGGUUUCUGCAAGCUGACUGCGAGCGAGGCGAUCGACCCGAAGUGCGGCCGAGCACUUUCGUGCCAUUCGACCCUGCUGAGACUGAGCGAACAUGGGAGUCCGGCGCGCCAGCUCAGCGCACCAUCGGGGAGAUCUCGUCUUUCUACGAAGCCGUGGUGCGGCCAUCAGUCGGCAAACUCUUCACCUGUACCGCCAGCACGAAGUUACGUUUGACGGCAAUCCUCGUGGAGUAUCUGAAGAACAACUUCUCCGCGACUAUGAAAGUACUUUGCCGGAUGUAUCCGACGGAGAAGAUGCUUUCGAAGGUGGGCAAGGAUCUCCACCCAGCUCUGGCGGCAAAGAUGCUAGCAACUCGACUUCUACCGAUGCCUUCUGAGUUGAGCUACCGCGCGAUGAUAGACAUGUGUUUCACCCCGUUCGAUGCAGAAACCUCCAACGAUGCUGACGCUGGACACGACUCGGGAAACUUUAAAGAGACUGUUUGA